AUGCUGUGGUUUCUGGUGCUGAACUGUGCGCUCUGCAUGGGAGGACACACUGCAGCAGGACAAAGAGAUGGAGAAAUCAUCAGUCAGAUUAAAAUGACAAACCUCGCCCUGGCUGAGAUUAAAGAGCUCCUGAAACAACAAAUAAAGGAGAUAGUAUUUCUGAAGAACACCGUGAUGGAGUGUGAAGCUUGCGGGAUGGGAGGAGUGCAGCCUCGUCCCUCCUGCGUGCCCAACCCCUGCCACCCAGGGGUGAAGUGUAAGGAGACACCUCAGGGUAUAAAGUGUGGGCCCUGUCCCGACGGCAUGGAGGGCAACGGCACCCACUGCACUGAUGUAGACGAGUGUACUGUGAUUCCGUGUCACAUGGGCGUGCGUUGCAUUAACACCUCCCCGGGUUUCCGCUGUGGUACCUGUCCUGCUGGAUACACCGGCUCUCAGGUCCAGGGUGUCGGCCUCGCCUACGCCAUCGCCAACAAACAGGUGUGCAAAGACAUAAACGAGUGUGAAGGCCUCAACAAUGGAGGCUGUGUGGAGAACUCUGUCUGUAUGAACAGUCCUGGCUCCUUCAGGUGUGGUCCCUGUAAGACGGGCUACGUUGGGGAUCAGCGGCGGGGCUGUAAGCCGGAGAGAGCCUGUGGGAACGGCCAACCAAACCCCUGUCACACCAGCGCCGAGUGCAUCGUCCAUCGAGAGGGUAGAAUCGAGUGUCAGUGUGGAGUUGGAUGGGCUGGAAAUGGCUACCUCUGUGGGGCCGACAUCGACAUCGAUGGUUUCCCCGAUGAGAAACUGGCCUGUCCUGAGAACAACUGUAACAAGGAUAAUUGUCUCACUGUUCCCAACUCUGGUCAAGAAGACGCCGACGGUGAUGGAAUCGGAGACGCCUGUGAUGAGGAUGCAGAUGGGGAUGGGAUCCUCAACAUGCAGGAUAACUGCGUGUUGGUGCCGAACGUGGACCAGAGGAACAUUGAUGAGGACGACUUUGGCGACGCCUGCGACAACUGCCGCGCCGUCAAAAACAACGACCAAAAAGACACAGAUGUGGACAGAUUGGGUGAUGAAUGUGACGAAGACAUCGAUGGAGACGGAAUCCCAAAUCGCCUGGAUAACUGCAAAAGGGUUCCCAACGCUGACCAGAAAGAUCGAGAUGGAGACAAAGUGGGAGAUGCCUGCGACAGCUGUCCUUAUAUUCCAAACCCUGACCAGACGGAUGUGGACAACGACUUGAUCGGCGACCCCUGUGACACCAACAAGGACAGCGAUGGUGACGGUCACCAAGACUCCCGGGACAACUGUCCAGCCGUCAUCAACAGCUCCCAGCUGGACACUGACAAGGACGGCAUCGGAGACGAGUGUGACGACGACGACGACAAUGACGGCAUCCCGGACCUGCUGCCACCUGGUCCCGAUAACUGCCGUCUGAUCCCCAACCCUCUACAGGAGGACUCUAACGGUGAUGGUGUGGGAAACAUAUGUGAGAAGGAUUUUGACAACGACACCAUUAUCGACACCAUCGACGUUUGUCCAGAAAACGCUGAGGUCACCCUCACCGACUUCAGGGAGUACCAGACCGUCGUUUUAGAUCCGGAGGGAGACGCACAGAUCGACCCCAACUGGGUGGUGCUGAACCAGGGAAGAGAGAUUGUCCAGACCAUGAACAGUGAUCCUGGGUUGGCUGUUGGGUACACAGCUUUCAGCGGUGUGGAUUUUGAAGGGACGUUUCAUGUAAACACGGUGACGGAUGACGACUACGCAGGAUUUAUCUUCGGGUACCAAGACAGCUCCAGUUUCUACGUGGUGAUGUGGAAGCAGGUGGAGCAGAUCUACUGGCAGGCAAACCCGUUCAGAGCCGUGGCAGAACCAGGCAUCCAACUGAAGGCUGUGAAGUCAAACACGGGUCCAGGUGAAAACCUGAGGAACGCCCUGUGGCACACCGGCGACACCAGCGAUCAGGUCAAACUCCUGUGGAAAGACGCUCGCAAUGUUGGCUGGAAGGACAAGACCUCUUACCGCUGGUUCCUCCAACAUCGACCCGCCGAUGGCUACAUCAGAGUUCGUUUCUACGAGGGUCCCAAGAUGGUGGCGGACACGGGGGUCAUAAUAGACACCACAAUGAGAGGAGGACGACUGGGAGUCUUCUGCUUCUCCCAGGAGAACAUCAUCUGGGCCAAUCUGCGUUAUCGCUGCAACGACACUCUUCCUGAGGACUUUGACACCUACAGAGCCCAGCAGGUCCAGCUGGCGAUGUAAUUACAACGAACGAGGCCAGGGAA